CUCAUUCAGCAGGCACUGACUUUACCGCGAGACGCACCAUCACUCUUCUGGAUUUGCUCAUCCUGCCCUGACACGGUCCAUGCAUCCUCGGGAGAGGAGGGUCCUCUCAACACCCUGUCCCUGGAGACACCUCAGCUCUGCCCUGUAUCUGACUGCUGUCUCUGGUGCUCCAGGAACAACCAGCUUUUGAGAGAGUACUUGACUUGCUGCCUCUAAGAUGCCCAUCAGUUCUGUCUUCAGAGGGAGAUAUAUGACCCAAGAUACUCUCUCAGGACUAACAGAUCUGUGUUGGUGGGAGACCGAUGCUCUGUGUGGCCUUCUGGAAUAUCUCCUGACUUCCCAUACAUAGCUGGAUCCAAAUGCAUCCUCAGCCUUCUGUCUUAGAGCUGUUUCUACUUAAGGUCAAUGAGAACACCUCCUGCUAAUUCAUCAUGACAUAAUAUCUGGUGUCCUGCUCCAUCCACGAGAUAAGUUUAUUGCUUCAUCUUGGUCUACACAGAUGUGACUCCAGGUGUUCAGCUGCCUUGUCUGGUACAGCGCCCUGGGAUGCCAUCAGGAGCUCGAAUGCCCCAUCAGGGGGCUCCCAUGGGUCCUCCAGGUCCCCAGUACGUUGGAAGCCCCUCUGUGCGACCUGGGAUGCCCCAGACUGUGAUGGAAACAACAAGAAAACGCACUGCGCCACAGCAGGUCCAACAGCAGCAGGUGCAGCAGCAAGUGCAACAGCAGCAGCAAGCCACUCAGAACCGAGCUAGGAGUGCCAAGAGGAGGAAGAUGGCUGACAAAAUUCUCCCUCAGAGGAUCCGGGAGCUGGUUCCUGAGUCCCAGGCCUACAUGGAUCUCUUGGCCUUUGAGCGCAAACUAGACCAGACCAUUAUGCGGAAGCGUGUGGAUAUUCAGGAAGCGCUGAAGAGGCCAAUGAAGCAAAAGCGGAAACUGAGACUCUACAUCUCCAACACAUUUAAUCCUGCAAAAUCAGAUGGUGAUGACUCCGAUGGCAGCAUUGCUUCGUGGGAGCUGCGCGUGGAGGGAAAGCUCCUGGAUGAUCUCAGCAAACAGAAACGGAAGUUUUCAUCUUUUUUUAAGAGUUUGGUGAUUGAACUGGACAAAGAUCUUUAUGGACCUGACAAUCAUCUUGUGGAGUGGCACAGAACACCUACGACCCAGGAAACGGAUGGCUUCCAGGUGAAGAGACCUGGGGAUGUCAGUGUGCGAUGCACGUUACUUCUCAUGUUGGACUACCAGCCUCCCCAGUUCAAGCUGGACCCGCGGCUGGCCCGUCUGCUGGGGAUCCACACGCAGACACGCUCGGCCAUCAUCCAGGCUCUCUGGCAGUACAUCAAAACUAACAAGCUGCAGGACUCCCACGAUAAGGAAUACAUUAACUGCGACAAGUACUUCCAGCAGAUCUUUGACUGUCCACGGCUAAAGUUUUCUGAAAUUCCUCAGAGACUCACUAACCUACUGCUGCCACCAGACCCAAUAGUGAUAAACCACAUCAUCAGUUUGCACCAACUGCCUCUUGUCCUGUCACUGGGUACCACUGAAAAGAUCCUGGCUCUAUCUUCUUUAAACCCUCCCUUCAAGUUUUGUGUUGACCCCAACGAUCAGAAGAAGACGGCCUGUUAUGACAUAGAUGUAGAAGUUGAAGACCCAUUAAAGGGCCAGAUGAGUAGUUUUCUUCUCUCAACAGCUAACCAACAGGAGAUAACAGCAUUGGAUAACAAGAUUCAUGAGACAAUUGAGUCCAUAAAUCAGCUAAAAAUACAACGUGAUUUUAUGCUGAGUUUCUCCAAGGAUCCCAAAGGAUACAUCCAAGACCUUCUCCGGUCCCAAAGUAGGGAUCUUAAGGUGAUGACUGAUGUGGUUGGAAACCCGGAGGAAGAACGCAGAGCUGAAUUUUAUCACGAGCCGUGGUCUCAAGAAGCUGUGAGCAGAUAUUUCUACUGCAAGAUCCAGCAGCGCCGACAGGAAUUGGAACAAUCUCUGGGAGUGCCAACACAUAAGUACUGCUCACAAGAUUCCAUUGGCAUCAUGGCCACCAAACCAACCAGUGGACUUGUCAGUGUUACUCAGCUCACUGUUACACAUGGACCUGCUUCCUGACUGGAUGAGAACAUGCUGUCAACACACCAGUCAGAACACCAGCUUUAGAGUGACCCUUGAAAAUCUUGCCCAGGACGGAUGUCUCAAACCAUUCCAUGCCAGAGAUAGCACCAUACAAGUGUCAGUGUAAAAGAUGACUAAAGGUUCACUCAUCAAUGCACAUUGUGAAGUUUUAGUGGGCAGUUAGACACUACAUGGCAAAUCCUAAUGGGAUGUGCUUAGAUCAUGGGUGGCACUGAGGGGGAGGUUGAGAUGGGUGUUCUAGGAGACUACAGAUGUAGAGAAAUAAAUGCAGUUCUUACCCUACUUCAAACAGUAGCUUAUCUGGAAUUAGACAAGAUAGUCUUUCUUGCAGUUGUGGAAUGCAUUAUAUUCCUGAAGAGAGUUUUUAUUUCAGCUACACCAAUGCAAGAAGCUAUCUCACCAUCUGAAAGAGCAAACUAGGAGCAUUCGCAUCCUGAAAUGCAGAGCCCGUCUGGAAGGAAAACAUACAGUCAGGCCAUCUCUUCUGCAUAUCUUCUCUUCCCCUUGUCCCAGCAGUGAAAGGUGGAUUGAAUCACAUAUCACUAGAGGGGUGUGAUCCGUGCACUGUUCUGAGAGAAAGCGAAUCAUCCCUGGGAUAAGAGUUUCUUAUGCAUCCUUAAUAUCCAUGGUAUUAGCAACAAAUGAGACAUUCUGAGAAAACUAAAAUAAUGUAACGGUGCUUUGCUGAUGCCUGCCUUUAACACAGCAGAUCAUUAACAAUAAGUAUAUGUGUAAAAUAACAGAUUGUUUAAAUGUUUCUCUGUGUGCCUGUAGGGUUCAUCACUGAAAAUAACUUCAUAAUUCUUGGUGUAGAAUCCAAGAAGCUUAACUUCAUGUCACAUGGUAGUUUUUCCUUUACUUCAGGAUGUUAACAGAGUCCCUGGAUUGGUCUCACAUUUUGAUCAUAUGUGAACUGCCUAUGAAUUUUUUAGCUCUCCCAUACAUGAUAUAUGCUGGUUAUUUUGGAUGCUGUUGAGUUAUAAAGCACUAUCAGCCUUAAAUAGCACAGAGAACACAUAUUCCUUGCAAAUCAUCUUCUUUGUAAAUGUACAACAAAUUCAGACAAUGGGAAUUUAUAGAACAAUCACAUGGAAGCAGCGACAUCUUCCUUAAAUCCUUCCCCUCCUCAUUUUUUGUAGUGCACAGAUGAGUUGUAAUUAAAGGCCCAAUAUGAUUUCUAGUCCAAAAACCUAGUGCCAAAGUAUAACUCUGUCUGUUUAAUGUGGCACUCAAAAUCCUCUUCUGGUUACUCCUUUUCACCUCCUUUCUUUCACUUCUUGGAAAGAGAAUCAAAUUUACAUGUGGUAUGGAAGGAAGACAGCUCUUCUGAAUAAAUUAAUUUUUUCUCUAGUGUUGUGCUUUCUACUGUCUUUGCCAAUUUCUCUCAUAGUUUAACUAAAAAGUUUCUUCUGUUCAGCCACAGAAGAGAUAGUCUUCUCUUUACCGCUUUAUUUAAUAUCUUUGUUUUCACAUUAAUAGUGCCAUAGCUUUUAGUCCAUCUGUUGUGUUCAGAGAUGUCUUGGAAAAUUUACUUUUGUUUGAAUUUUUGUGAUGGCAGUACUCUCACUCUGUUGGUGUGAGAAAAAGUAUGGCAGUACCUUGUUGUCUGAGGCCUUUUGCUGGGAAUGGCUUUUUGAAAUUUUUCCCUUUUGUGUUAAAACCUCUUUUCGCAGUAAAAUGUGAAAUCCUGCAGUCUUGAACUGCUUAUACUGAGGGGCUGUGAGGCUGCCGCAGUGAUUGACUUGAAAUGUUACUUAAUUUAGGACUCUGCUAAUUGGACUAGAAGCAAGCAUUACAAGGGAAAAACAGUGGGGGUCAUCUGCUACUGUGCUUCCAUAUUUGUUAUGCUGCUGUGUGCAUGCUGCUCAGUGUAUAAAACUCUUGUUUGUAUGAGGCAAACAGAGCAGCUACAUUCAGGGGCUGUGCUCAGUCUGCAGGAAUAAGAAAAGCAGAGAAAGAUAUGCAGGGAUAUGAGAAGGGCACGGGACUGAGACAGAUGCCUGCAGAAUGUCUGCCAGGGAAUUCUGGCAUUUGAGAGCCUUCCUGCUGAAGUGGCAGAUAUUUGAGAGCAAUACCAGUGUUUUGCCAUGGCCGAAAACAAGCUAGAGUCCAGCCUGGUUUAGAGCCUCUGUAGAAUUAAUUGGAUGGAUCUGCUUCCAAGUCGCUUUCAGAGCAAAUUAGUGAAACUAAGGUCGUGUUGGUGCCACAACUGCAUCGCUGAAGGCUGAAGCUCUGUCAAGCAGCAGGAUUAUACUGAAAUGGGUGUGUGCAUGAAUCAGCCACUGGAGAUGGCACUGGGGACAGCAGUCCAGAAUGUAAAUUCGUAUAUCCCACCGUCUAUAAAAAAAGACUCAUCACUACCAGUGAGUCUUAUGAAUAGCUGUUAGGCGUCUUUCCUUUGGUUAAACUGGGGUUUAAGAUUUUGAUGCCUUUUUCCAGUGCUCAGGAGCUGUUCAGGUCUUUUACUCACGACAGAGAAACAUUUUGUCCUUUGUUCCAUCGGUGCAGCUAAGAGCUUGCUUGUUUACAAAACAAAUUUGAAGAGAAAUAAUGGAGCAAUACUGGAAGCAACUAGACCAAGUGUUGCUUGAGCAUUGAAAAUGAAAGGUCAUGGCCCUACAGGCAGGUAAUUAUGGCAAACUGAAUGAGAAAAUUUUUUAAGUUCAGGAUGGUUGUCUUUUUGAGUGUAUAAAAGAUAACAAGAUAAGAUAACAAGAAGAUGUUUCAGGGUCUUCUGUUGCCACAGUAAAAUACAAAUCUAUGCAUACUGCAAAAAAACAUUCUGUGCAUAGAAGUAGUUCAUGUAUAGAUGAUAAUACAGAUUGUUGGAAAAUAUAGCAUCAAACUAGAAAAGACAGAAUUCAGCAGAAUUCUGGAGUACCAAUAGGAGUGAAGUGUAUCUUGGAGCAGAAGUGUUGAUGUGGCAGGUUAGAAACAGAGUUUUUUUUUAAUCUUCUGGGUUGUCGGCCAUGAGGCAGGAAUCAGAUCAGAUGUUUCUUAGAGAUUGGAGGGGAAGCAAAUGUUCAGUUGUGGAAUAAAGAGAAUACAACAGUGGGAAAGGAAAUGUAAAAAUGGAGCAGAGUGCCACUGAAGCGCCAGUAAGACACAGCAUGAGAUAACAUGCAAAGUAGUCUUGGAAACAGCAGAGCCCAGGUGAGUGUGUGCGGACACCGAGGGCACAUGGGAGAAGAGAGACAGUCUCGGUCGAGGUGUAGCCUGGGAAGUGGGGGCCAAGGACAGAAACAAAAGUUUUGCAAAUAAUUCUGAGACACUGUCAAAGCAUUUUCACUGUUGAUUCAGCUGUUCAACAUAGCAGGGCUGGUAGCUGCCAUCAUCUCGGCUGGCAGGUUUUUAACACCACAUUGUUUAGAACUUAUCCUGUGGAAGCCAAGUGAAAAUAUUAGUGUAUAAAUCGAUACUGGUGCGUAUCCUAGGGCUCCUAGUUUUGCCAAAAUGCUAAUCAGGUAUUAGCUAAUCAGGGUUGUUGGCCUGGUUUUGUGUGUGAAGAGCUCUUCUAUGGCAAUGCAAAAAGAUAAAGAAGGAAAGAAGGCUCUUUUUCCUAAAGAAAGCCGUCUCCUUUCUGUAACUGCUCUGUUAUUUAAUAGGAUAUAUCUGUUCUGCCAGAUCCUGUAUUAUAAGCAUCUUUUCCAAACUCGCUGAAGAGAGGAACUCCAUUUUAAAAAUGCAACUGUGGGUUUGUGAGAGUGAGCAAAUACGUGUAUGAAGAAUAGGGGGAAGAGAGAGACUCCCUCUACUCUGUAGCCACCACUUCCAUUGUAUGAUGCUCAGUGAUUCGAGUGAUUCAUAGAAGAGUCUUUGACAAUAAAUACUUUGUUUCUUUGUAUCUGGUGCACCAACCUGAUGUGUCUUAAUGAAGACGGGUACCUUGGUUUCUUCCUGCUCCUGAUAAUGAUCUCUAGUGUUUGGAUUUCUCUUCACUUGUGAAUGCACACACAAGACAGGCAAACAUUUGCAGGUGUUAAUGGGAUAUGACAAAGGUGAGAACUGUUUUGUCUUAGAUCUUUCUUGUGAACUCCUUUUUUCGCUAGAUUCGACAUUCAGCCAUUUCAUACUCAAUAAGUGAGAAAUCCUUUUCGUGUGAGUGGUCUGGUUCCUUUCACGGGCAGCCUAGAGCUAAAGCUUGGGUGCUGAGAGGUGGUGUCGGAAUUACACAGUCACCAUCUCCACUGUGGUAGCAAAUAGGUGGAUGCCACUUCCAGUAAAAAAUCAAAU